AUGAAGGUUCAUCGACACUUCUCGCCCCGCGCAGCGGUCGCUGGCCCUUCAACGCGCUCGCGAGCGGGUACCACAUCGCACACAAGUCGCUCGACCGCGCGAACCGGCCUUGCAAGCUUGAACCUCCGCCUCGACCACCUUACGCAGGACCUGGACGAGGUCGCAGGGGCUAUCAACUCUUCAUCCUCCGCAGAAGCCGGCCGCAGUCUCGGCGUCAGGCGGAAGACUAUCCAGCGCAAGCCUGAGCGACCCGAGAUGAACGCUGUGCACGGUCGGCCGGUCAACAAGCGUGUCCCAGCGACUGCUCCUCUCGUCCCGCCUCCCAAGCGUCGCAGGAUGACUCUCGCGCCCAUCGUUCCCAGUCGCACGUCUUCCCGUGAGGACGCACUCGACGAUGAACUUCCGGAGGCGGCAGAGUCGCCGUCUCUCCUGCUUGAUCGACGUUUCUCUCCCGAGUCUGGCAGGAUACGCACGAUCGCGCGCGAAGCGAACGACCUUCCACCUGCUGUGCAGACUUCGCAAGGUCUUCUGCGACUGCCCUCCUUCAUGCGCCCGCAUGAGGUUCCCGCUGCGUUUCCCGCAUCAAAGAGCCCGACGCCGCCAUGGCUCACUGAGUAUGUCCAGUCGAGCGCUGAGCCCGACAGCGCGGCUAGCCAUUCUUUGGCAGCGAGGCGUCGUUCACCGUCUUCCACAAGCUCUCGCAUCACCACGUCUCACGAGUACACCGAACACGUCGCGCCGCUUCGCAAGCUUCCUUCCAUCGAUCAAGUGCCAGUUACUGCCUCUGCAGCGGGCUGGCCCGUGCGUCGUCGCACUCCCUUGCCGUUCUCUACCAGCGGCCGCAGGCAGACUCUUUCGCCCAUGUCGACGACUUUCUUGCCUCUCCGCCCUUCGAACAUCUACCAAGCUCAGCUCGUGAAGCCGAUGCAUCUCUUUGAUGCCAUUGACUACGGCCACCUGCCUGACGGAGGUUGGCAUCUCCCGCUUUCGCCUUCCUACUCUUCGCUUUCUUGCGAUUCACGGACGGAGCUCGGCGUCGGACCUUUCCAGACGGCCUCUGCGCGUCAAGCGAUGCUGCUCCCCCCGCCGCAGAACCCGGGACAUGAGGUGCGCCAACUCGACUACGGCAGCCUAUCAAGGCACGGGACCUUCGAACACACGAAGAGCUUGUCGCCUGGCCCGCAGCCUUCUUUCCAGCAAGGGUUUGCAACGCCUCCUCGCCUCACGAGCGCUUUCGGCUGGCACGAGCCGCUUCGUCCGCCUAGCCCGCCUGUCCCCUUCGCGCCGACUUCGGACGACUCGUUCCCUCAAGCUGACUUGUCGGAGGUCCCCCGCUUUUGGAGGAGAGCGCCGCAGCUGGGAUUGCCGUCGCAGCCGCAAUCACAGCCCGGCCGCGCUCGCUACGCCGCUCUCCUCGAACGCGAAGCGGCCUCGCAGGUCGUGCAUCCUGCUCCAGCCGAAUCAGCCGAUCGCGCCGCCCUGCACGACCACCGCGAGUCCCGCUCCGCUUUCAUCCACUCCACCUCUUCGCUCCCUCCUUCGCCUCGUCCCGACGAUGCUCCUCAAACUUUGCGCGACGAGUCAGCGACGACGGGUGUCGAUAAGCAGAUCGAGCCAGCUGUCUCGGCUCCGACGCCCGGCGUCGACCCUCAGCUUCUCGGCGGCCUCGCCCCUCCGCAAGCCGACGACUCGCAGGCGACCGAUCUCGGCGCAUCGUACGAAGACUCGCAGCAGUCGACCCGCGCCGCAGGACCCGUCUCCGAGCAGGAGAAGCCGACGUGGGACUUGCUCGGCAGCGCUGAGGACUUGCGUCUCGCUUUGCUGAGCGAAGAAGAUGCACAGAAGGAGGUUGAUGCGAAUGGGAUGGCGGGAGAGGGUGGGUUCGCGAUCUACCAGGACUCACUCGAGGAGGAUCCGAUCGAGGAGGCCUAG